CACUACUACUUCCGGUACUGUCCCGGACCCCGCAGAAGAGCCGAGGACCGGACAGGCGCGCCUCGACCACCGCACGUAAAGAACGUUUUAACGAAGUAUUCGUGUUUAAAGAAGAUUUGAUAUGCGUGCUCACAGAAACGAUUGCUAACACGUAAUGCGUUUGACGCAGUGGCGUUCUGCUUCCAUCGGGAUUGAGCGUUUCCCGCGAUACAUCUGAUCUGAUGCAACAUGGCAACAUCACACGUUAACAGAUGCCUCGUAAGGACAGUCACGAGAUGUCUCAAGGACGGCGGUCGGCAAACGCAUGCGAUGCCAGCGAGGGCUCUGGGACACUUCUCUGACUCCUCUCCGGGGAAAGAGCGGCACGAAGCCGUCGUUUGUCGGAGGAGCCCCGGAGGCGGCGGGCGCCUGGCAGCCGCGCUUGGGCUGGGACUCGGAGGAGCGCUGUGGUAUUUAUUAAGAGACGAGGACGGUAAAGACGCUCUACAGAGGACGGUCGCGGUCAGGAGUUUGCUAAUUGACGGCUUGCUGCCGACGGUGCAGUGCGCUUCUCCGUUUAAACCGGACAGCCCGCGGUUCAAGUACAACUUCAUCGCGGAUGUGGUUGAGAAGUCCACUCCUGCUGUAGUCUACAUCGAGAUCGUUGGGCGACACCCGUUUUCUGGCCGUGAGGUGCCCAUCUCCAACGGCUCUGGCUUCAUCAUAAGUAGUGAUGGUCUGAUAGUGACCAAUGCCCAUGUGGUCGCCAACAAGCGCGGCGUCCGUGUUAAGCUGACCAACGGAGAGACUUACAAUGCCACGGUCCAGGAUGUCGACCAAGCCGCAGACAUCGCUACCAUCAAAAUUAAUGUUAAGCAUCCCCUCCCUACGCUGCGUCUCGGUCAGUCUUCUGAUGUGCGUCAGGGUGAGUUCGUGGUUGCCAUGGGGAGCCCUUUCUCUCUUACGAACACCAUCACGUCUGGAAUCGUCAGUUCUGCCCAGAGAGGAAGUAGAGAACUGGGCCUGUCCAACUCCAACAUUGACUACAUCCAGACAGACGCUACCAUAGACUUUGGAAAUUCAGGAGGUCCCCUUAUAAACCUGGACGGUGAGGUCAUCGGCAUUAAUACCAUGAAAGUGACUGCAGGGAUUUCCUUCGCCAUUCCCUCAGACAGAGUCCGCAUCUUCCUCGAGCGCGCGGCAGACAAGCGGAAGUCCUGGUUUGGAGAAUCCGAAUCAAAACAGCGUUACAUCGGCGUGAUAAUGCUGACUUUGACCCCCAGCAUAAUCAAAGAGCUGAAGAUGCGAGACAUAUCCUUCUCUAAUGUUUCUCAUGGAGUUUUCAUCCAACAUGUUAUUUCAGGAUCUCCAGCCGAUAGAGCUGGUGUGAAACCGGGGGAUGUUGUUGUUGAGAUAAACGGGUCAAAGGUGAACUUCUCAGAGGACAUCUAUAGCGCUGUGAGAACAAGCGACAGCUUAAACAUGGUGGUCCGGCGGGGGCCCGACCUCCUCAUAUUGCACAUGACCCCCGAGCAGACGGAGUGAACUCGAGCCAAUAAAUAAGAGGAAGAAAUGGUUAGCCAGAGCGAGAAAUGAGAAGCGGAAGACGAUUCGAAUAAAUAUAGUUUGAGAUGUUUUAAGAAAGUAAUAAUUUAUAGGGCUUAACAGUAUAGUAGCGAAGCGGGACACUUAAGUUAACAUAAUUGUGCACUUUUUUUGGAAGUUAUGCUGGAUCAAUAUUAGUGUGUCCUCUUAAACUACACUGUAUCAGUAUUGUUUAUGAAGGAAUACUUCCUAAAUAUGUGAAACACGGUUUAUCAUGAGAUGAAUGAACCAUAAUAAAAGUGGGUGCUCUUAUUCGAACAUUACAGAUUUUUUGUAUUCAAUGUAUUUUAAUACUUUUUACAAACCACUGUGACUUCACAAUAAAACAUUGGAAUAUUAA